AUGAGCAACAUUUUCAUCAAAUAUCCGCCACUUGUGGGGCUCUACAACAGAUGGGCGGGCGAUCCCAUCGAGUACGGGGCCGCAGCUUUGUUACAAAACAUUGUCAUUAUCUUUUUCAAGAUCGAAGAUAGUUUCUGCCCGGCGUUUGAGCAGCCUCCAGACCUAGGGUCUCGCAGAAAUUACCGAAUUGACGUACUCAUCUUCGAACACAAUAUCAUGUAUUCUGCACCUGGGUUGCUUGUUCCGAGAUUGCUGCUGGAGAUGAAAGGUGGAGGCGGAUCAUCCAAGGCGGUUGAGAGCCAAGCUCUGGCAAAUGCUCGAGCAUCUAUCCAGCAGUACAGCCUUGUCGGUCUCUUCGUGCAAACAGUCCUCGGGAUUGAACGCGCCUUAUACUUCCGGUUUUGGUGGAUGGACUCGGUCAGUCUUCAGCUUCAGCCUCUCGACGGUGGCCCCAAAUCUGGGUCACGCGAUGGACGCAGCGCAUAUGUUGAGUUGAGUACUGAAGGUGGAAACAAGUUGGAAAGCUACUAUAAUCAAGUCAAAAGUGGUACACCAAUUAUACCCACAGAGGAACACGGACAAGACCCGCUGGACCCGCUCGCACAGGAGGUGGACCAUUCAGCAGACAACCUACCAAACGAGACCUUGGGCUAUGAAGGCGAUGCCAUGAUGGCUGAUAUUGCCGCGCAACAAGGGGGGGUUUCUGAGUCGGAACCUGAGGAGAUGGACCAAGAAGCCGGAGCCGGUCCCUCCCAAGCCCCUCAGGGGACAGGUCAGAGCCGAAACGCAACUCCCAAACGGAUUGAGAUUACCUAUGAAUCACAUACGUUGCGCAAGGACAAGUUCCUUUUCAGAAAGCACAAGAAAGGUAGGAUACACAGUACCGAGAUUGAGGACUGGGACGUGAAACGAACUCGUGAUGGAGAGGUAUGGACCUGGAAGAAGGAUAAGAAGUACUGGGGCUACAGGCCACAUGGUAUGAGCAGACGUUGA